CUUAGCAUUUGAGCUCCAAGAGCUUCGGAAACCACGUCUGCCGGUGGACGAACCAGCAGCCGACGGUCGAAUACAUGGCCGACGAGUGAAUGUGUCCCAUGCUUUAAAGUGGUCGUGCUUGAGGCUAUCCACUCCGUUCUCAGACUCGUCGCUGAACAUUCUCAUACCGCCAUUGUUAUCCUGUUUCGAGCUCAAGUCCUUUUCCAAGAUGCAGGCUUGGCAAUAUUCAACAACUGGCCAGGACAUCGUCGCAGCUCUGGAGCUCAAGAACCUGGAUAUCCGGGCCAAAUCCUCGCUUCGCAAAGAUGAAUUGCUCAUCGAAGUCAUCUCCGCAUCCAUAAAUCCUGUCGAGUACAAAAUACCCGAGGCCAGCGGUGUCAUGUCCUCUUUUUUGCUGUCACUCCCAGCUACACCGGGUCUUGAUUUCUGUGGUCGAGUCGCAGCGAAGCACAAAGACUGUUCUGCUUUCCAGGAGGGUCAAAAUGUCUUUGGCGCGCUCAGUAGUGCUUUCAUCAAGGCUGGGACACUCGCUCGCUUCGUUGUCGUCAACUCGAACCAAUGUGUGCUUUUACCACCUGGAGUUGAUCCGGAUCAGGCCGCCGCGACAGGCACAGCAGCGCUUACAGCCUACCAAUCGCUGUUCCCUAACAGCACGACACAGCCCGGGUCACAUGUGUUGAUCAACGGAGGGAGCGGCGGAAUAGGCACUUUCGCCAUACAGAUGGCCAAAGCCAGAAACAUACACGUCACUGUCACAUGUUCAACCCCAAACAUCGAACUCUGCAAAGCAGUUGGAGCAGAUGAAGUCAUUGACUAUACAAAGUGCGACCUUAUCUCAGAAUUGACUCAACGUGGACAGGUGUUUGACUCAGUCCUCGACAACGUCGGUGUGCCAGACAAUCUCUAUCACAAGAGCCAUCAGUUCUUGAAACCUAGCGGCACCUUUGUACUGGUUGCCGCGAACCCCAACGUCUCCGGCAUGGCUCGAAUCGCGCGAUUGUUCAUGCAACCAUCAUUAUUAGGGGGAGGUCAGCGCCGUCUGAUGUGGACAAUGGUGGAAACAAAGCAAGCAGACCUUACGCAGAUCGCUGAAUGGCUCGCCGACGGGAGCCUGCGUACAAUCGUCGACUCUACGUUUGAAUUCGAGGAUGUACCAAAAGCUUUCCAAAAGCUGAAGCUGGGUCGUACUAAGGGCAAAAUCGUCAUCCAUGUCGCAAAGCAGCCAUAGAGUAAGACCGUUUCCGUUGCAAUUUUGUCGGAAGACGCUGCUCCACAGAGCUUGGGAAGACCUAAAACUUCCUACUCACAUCCUAUGGACGAGCGUGCGCCAUGUUUUGAAGAAGAAAUGUAUUCAUUUUGCAAUCAUUAUUUGAACUAAGCAGAU